AUGACAAAUUACGACGAAAUGCCGCCAUAUAUCCAUGAAAACAGCUGUCAAGAUUUUCAAAAUAUCAAUGCGUCACGUAUUCUGAGAGAUAUUACAUUCGUAAGGUUAUGUUUGGAAAGUAUUUGCAUGAAUGAGGAAGAUGAAUUUAUCGUUGAAGUGAUUAGGAGACGAUCUUUGUUUGGAUUUAUCCUGGAAUAUCAAUUCCCGUCGAUAGAUGCUGCCUCUACUUCGCUGAAAGCAAGGGUUCGCAUACAUGCUAAACACUUCAAUGGUAAUAUUAUUCAUUUCCGACAUAAACGUGUUAUACGGAUUAAGAUGAUUCCGGAAUUGGUUAAUUUAUGGAAACGAUCACCAUUAUUGUUAGCAGUUUAUGCGAAAUUGAACACAUUAGGAAAAUAUUCAAUGAAAAAACUAGGAAGCUGUGAAGUACCGUUAGAGGAACUUAUUAUUCCUCCCUUCAUCAUCUGCCGAGAUUUUCUGUUUGUUGGCCCCGGAUUUUCAGCUUCUGCUUUGAUAAAAAUCGAUCUCGGAUCACAUAUCCGACUGUUGAUGGAAAGGCUAGAAUGGAUGAGAAAUGGUAGUUUACCACAAAGUGGAUCAGCUACUCGUGCCAGAUCGAGAUCUUCGUCUAGAAAAGGAUCAGUUUAUGCUUCCAGUCGAUUAACACCUUCACUACCCCAGCGUCGUGCCUUCUCCUCAUCUCCUCCCCUGUUGAGACCAUUUCCUCCACCUCUUGUCAGUAGCAGUCCACGUGAUACUGUGUUGUCUUCUCCUUAUGCAGAUAAUACUCCACGUGCAGCGAUACGUGAACUAUGUCCAACGAGCCCAUCUUACCGAAUCAAACUAACUGUUUAUUCGGCUCGUCGUUUGCCUCUUUCAUUCAACUCUAGAGGUGAUGCUGUUGCACCAUCAACUUAUCUAACGGUGAUUGGAGAAGAUGGACGGACUUUGAGUUCACCGGUACGUGCUGGAACGUUACAUCCAGAAUGGAACUGGACGGAAACAUUCAAUGUAUCAAGAAGUCGUCAGAAUCUGGUUGUGAAAUUAUGGAAACGUUGUAUUGUUGGGUCAGAUAAAGUAAUUGGUUUUAUAUCACUCCAAUUGCCACCUGCUGAUACAGGAAAAUCGGAAUACGAAAUGUCCGAUUUAUCGGUUUCAAAUCAGGCACCUUUGAUUACUCUCUCUAUUUCGUGUGAAACCCUUCCACAUGCCGAGUCAUAUGAUAAGGCGCCAUUGUUGGUACCUUUGUCAUCACCAUUACCGCUUAAGCCGCUCCUUUCUGAAACAUCUCCACGAUUACAAAAGAUGACAAGCGAGGAAAUAUUCGAAAAAUUGAGGUAA